AUGCUUAUUCUAAAACCAGGUAUAUCUUAUCACAAGGGCAAACAUGCAUGGUUUCUUUCCACAAAAAACACUUCCUAUGCCAUAGGCGUCGAUGUCAAUACUGGCCUUGUAUUGAACUUGUAUUGGGGCUCUCGUUUAGUCACUUUUACAGAUAUCGACCUGGAUAACAAAUUGGCGCCAGAAAGAAGCUCUCAAGAUCCUGCCAUUACAAGCGCCUGUGAAGAGUUUCCUGUCUUUGGCGGUCUUCGUUAUGGGCCUGACUUGCUUCGUGUUCAGUUUGAAUCAAACAAGACUCGCGAAUUGGACCUGGUGUACACAGAUGGGGAACUAAAUGAUGACAAAACAGAGCUCGUCAUUACACUGGAGGAUAAAGUUCACACGGCAUGCAGAAUCAAACUCAAAUACGCAUUGGAUAUAGAGAACGAUUUGAUCAUACGUUCAGCCACUAUUCAUGCUGGUGGAAACGAAACACUCGUCUUGACUAAAGCACAUACAGCAGCCUGGCAUAUACCACCGCCAGCAAGCAGUUGUCAGCGUGAAUUAGUUACAUUGGCAGGUGCUUGGGCAGCAGAAACUCAGGUACAAACGCAUUCACUGGAGCCAGGCACAUCUCAAGUAUUGCAGUCAACUCGAGGCAUUCCUUCAGCGCAGGCAUAUCCUUAUUUUGCUGUCAAGGAUCAGGUCAGUGAUGGUGAACACAAUGAUUGCGAGGUCUACUUUGGAUCUCUGGGAUGGAGUGGCAAUUGGGCGAUUGAACUGCACACAGAUAUUCGAGGCAACGUCGCCAUUACGGGCGGCAUGAAUGAUCGUGAUUUUGAGCAUCGACUCAACAAUACCCGCUUUGAACUACCGGAAUUCGUGGCAGGCUUCACAGCAGAGGGCUUAUCAGGCGCCCGCAAGUGUUUGACAAACCACAUUCGAGACCGCAAGGAUAGAUUGUUGGUAAAACACCCCCACGAUGUCGCUCCAGUUCUCUACAACGGUUGGGAAGCUUAUGAUUUCAGAGUGACAUUCGAGAACCAAAAGGAGAUGGCACAAAAGGCAGCGAAUCUCGGAGCAGAGUUAUUUGUACUGGAUGACGGAUGGUUCCAUAAGCGCAAUUCAGAUAAUGCUGGUCUAGGCGAUUGGUUUGCUGACAGUGCUAAAUUCCCCAACGGCUUGAAGCCACUUGCAGAUCACGUCCAUCAUCUGGGCAUGCUAUUUGGCUUAUGGUUUGAGCCAGAGAUGGUAAAUCCUGAUUCAGACUUGUAUCGACAUCAUCCAGACUGGGUCUAUCAUUAUCCAGACCGCACACGACAUUUAGAGAGAAACCAACUGGUACUCGAUAUCACCAAAGAAGAAGUUCAAGACUAUUUGCUAGAGAGAAUUAUAUCUACAGUCAAGUCAGCGGGCGUUGACUACAUUAAAUGGGACAUGAAUCGACCUAUUUCAGAGGCUGGAUCUCAGUUUGGAAAAGCUGUUUGGACUGAACAUGUGAAUGCCUUUAAUCAUUUGAUAUCAAAGGUCAAGGAGGCCACUGGAUUGAUUCGCAUAGAGACAUGUUGCAGCGGCGGUGGUCGAGCAGAUCUCUCCAUUUUAAAGAAAACCGAAUCAUGUUGGCCCAGCGACAAUACAAGACCUGAUGCUCGCAUUAUCAUUCAAUACGGCGCUUCUUUCAUCAUGCCUGCCAAUGCCAUGAGUUGCUGGGUCACUGAUUCGCCCAGCGAUGACCCAUUUACCAACAUCCCCAUCUCGUACCGUUUCCAUGUCUCGUUCAUGGGUGCCUUGGGUAUUGGAUCCAACUUGAAUGGCUUGUCUGAUAAUGAGCUAGAAGAGUACAGAGGCUGGAUAUCAUUGUACAAGGAGCUAAGAGAUGUGCUGCAAAUGGGACAACUGGAUUGGCUAGUUGUACCUACGUCAAAGCCAUCCGCAUAUACUGCUGUGACACAAACUACAAAGGACAAUACGGCUGUUGUGCUGGCCUUUAGACAAAAUAGCCCUUUUUGGCUGCCUCUUCGCCCCAUCCGAUUAAGAGGUCUUACUGCGUGCGCCUUGUACGAUGUCUGCAUCUGGAGCAGAGAUCCCAAACAGCCUGCCUUUACUGGCAUCAUGUCAGGCUCUGCAUUGAUGAAUAAGGGGCUUGAUUUACCAUAUCUAACGUCUAAAGCCUACAGUAGUGUUGUAGCGCAUCUUGUACAGAAAGCUUAG